AUGGGCGGGUCCGAGAGACUUGGAAGACUUAGGCUCUUCUCCAAGGAAUACGAUAAUAAAGACACGUUAUUAUUUUACUUACUGCCUCAUUUAAUUGAAGGAUCACGAAAAAGAAAAAGAAUUUCAACAAACAGUCAAGUACAUAAUUUGAAUAAAUUGUCCAUUCAAGAGCGACGAGAUUCUUUUUUAUUACAUGUCCAGACAGCAACAGAUAUAAUACCUGGUAUACAAAGAAGGAAAGAAGAAUUAAGGAUCGCAGGGUUAACUUUUCAACCAACAUCAAUAUUUGUUGGACAGUUAAUAGCAAUAGAUGCUUCGUAUGUUGCCGUUAAAAAUGUAUUAUACAAAGUUGAUUCAUCGCUUGAAGCAAUAGAUCUAUGCUUCCGUCUUUACAUGGCAUUAGAUUGUGCCUAUCCAGAACAAGCUUCAUCUUUGUGGAUUUUUAUACAAAAGUGCUGCUUUGAUAUUCAUCUACAAAGUGAUGUUUGCAAUCGAUCUCUCAACAUUCUAAUAGGAGAAGUAGAUGUAUUAUUUUCAAAAGAUAAUACCAUCAUUACAAAUUUUAUUCAAGGGAAACUUUGGAAAAAUAUAAAUGCUCAAUUGGAAGGUAAAACUGUUCUUCCAUUGUUUUUGUACUUCGAUGACUAUGAAACUAAUAACCCUCUUGGAAGUCACAAAGGUAUUUCUAAAUGCGGUGCCGUGUAUUUGUCCAUAGCAUGUUUACCACCAAAACUGAAUAGAAAAGUUUUUAGCAAUAGCACAACUUUUUCAAAAGUUAUUGAUGAAUUACGUUAUUUAGAAAAUAAUGGAAUAACAAUAUGUCACAAUAACGAGAAAAAAUGCAUUUAUUUUAAGUUAUCAUUAAUUUUAGGUGAUAAUUUAGGUUUACAUUCAAUUCUUGGCCUUGUUGAAAGCUUUAAUACAAUGCAAUUUU